GAAAGCUCAACGAGGUUAAUAUCUGGGUAGAAUUCGUCUUCAUGCGGGGUUUGUAGGUGGCCAAUAGCAGCUGUUUCAGCUCUAGCGACGUAGUGCCGAUUUUUGAGGGAUUGACCUCACGUUCCAUGCAGUGCUCUCUUUUUGCCUUUGACUACUUCGCUUGAUUUUUCACAAUUCACCUGAUUUAAAUGACACAGCGCCUUACAUCGUGUUAAUCAGAUAAGAAAAUGGCGAACCCAAGUAUGUCCGUGGACGAGGAGGCAAUGGAAGAGUAUAGAACCGAAGAUCCAGGCCUCAUUAGAACGUGGCGUGACGAAGACGCGUCGUACAUGGUUAUCCCGCUCGAAGCCAUGAUGAAUUUUCCGAAGUCCGAGGAUAAGCGAGUAUACAGCACUGUGGAGUGCACCGUUUGUGAAGACCUGGCGAGUGAUCGUCCAAAAGAGGCUAUCUGGCGCCAGAGAUCAAUCUCAGAGUUGGACGCGAGUGCGGAAAAAGGCUGCAAGUACUGCCUCCUGCUUAGUAAAGGGAUCCGGGCAUGUGUUCCCGAAGUUGAACUCAUCAACGAAAUUGCGCUCGAAAAUCGACUGGCCAAGGUAUUUUCGGCGAAGCCACCGAACCGAUACGGUAUCUCGAUAUUCAAGGGUGAAGAUGAUGACGGUUGGGAGAAUAAAGUUAUUUCGGUUAGGUCGAUACCCAGUGGCGACACAUCCUCCGAAUCUGCCAUAGGGCACGCAAAAGAAUGGAUGCGAAACUGUAUUGAGCAGCAUGGUCAGUGCGGUACCGGCGAAGAGCAACCCGCUCCCAGUCGUUUGAUUGAUACCAAGCUUGACCAGAGCCAAGACGUCAAACUCAUUGAGACUGAAAAUCUGAGCUGUCAUUACGUAUGCUUGAGCCACUGCUGGGGCAGUUCAAGGGCUAUCAAGACUACGAAAGAGACUUUGCAAGAGAGAAAGGAAAGGAUACGCUGGGAUGAAUUAUGCCCUACCUUCCAAGAUGCGGUCGCCGUCGCUCGUCAGCUCGGUCUUCGAUAUUUGUGGAUAGAUUCACUGUGCAUCAUCCAGGAUGACGACGAAGACUGGGCCAGGCAAUCGUCAAAGAUGGCCACAAUAUACAAUUUGGCCCAUUUGACUAUUGCAGCUACUCGGUCACCGAAUCACGAAGGUGGUUGUUUCGCGAAGAUAAGCGACAAAUUUCAGACACACAAAAUUACUGUGUCAGGUCCUGAAGAUAAAGAGCUCACAUUGUUCUUCCGACAACUGAUGCCGCACUGCGCAGGUCUGAUUUUGAGUCCAGCCCAAGCCGAUGAGUUUCCCCUUCUCGAUCGUGCCUGGGUAUACCAGGAGAGGUUGCUCUCACCACGUUUACUUCACUUCCAUAACAACGAACUCUCAUGGGAGUGCGCACAUCAUAGUGCUUGCGAGUGCGGGGAGGAUGUUAAAUCUUACAUGGAGAUCUAUCUACAAUCUUUCAAACGCCCCAAGGUUGAGCACGCCAAAGCUCUUGCGAAAACUGGCACUUUUGCUAUGGCGGACCGCUGGCAUCAAAUCGUACAGGAGUACUCUGGCCUUAGAAUGACUUUCCAGAAAGAUGCGUUACCUGCUCUAUCAGGGCUGGCGAGACAAAUGUCAGAACACCGCGAAGGGGAACAGUACAUCGCAGGUUUAUGGGAUUUUACCAUUUUCGUUGAUAUGCUAUGGGCUGUGCAAAGUGGCAGUGGCCGACGUCCUAAAGAAUGGCGAGGCCCAUCGUGGUCGUGGGUCUCAACUACGGCUGCUGUGACGUAUGUGCAGGCCAGUGUGUUUGCGAUUGUCAACCUUUAUCCAGAUAUUGUAGAUUCUAACGUGAGAGUCAUGUCGGAAGAUCGUUUUAGCCAAGUCAAGAAGCCCACAUGGAUCAAAAUCAAGAGUGCCUUAUUCAUGGGCGCAAAAGUACGAUAUGUCCCUCACCGAGGCGAAGAUUCCGGAGCCAGCCAAGCAUUUACAGCACGCUGGAUACUUGAAUUACCAUUUUUGGAAGGAUCUCAGCUCUGAAGACAUGUUGCAGGAGUGUAUCUUAGGAGCUGUUUUAAAAGGUAAAGUUAAG